CUACGCAUGGCCCAACAAAACCCGCGAGGGCUGCGCUUCUGUCUCUGCCGCAGCGUGUCCUUUGUCUCUCCUGUCGCCGUCUCUCCUGUCGCGGCUCCUCCUGUUGCGGUCUCUCCUGUCGCGGUCUGUCCUGUCCGCGAGUGCUUCCCAAAGCGUGCCCCCGACCGCCUCACGCACCGCCGGACUCUCUCGCAUUGCCGGAAGCAGCACGCAGCCAUUGCGCCAACAGCGCCAUCCGAUAGCCCUCUUGCAGCCCCGACCGACGGUUCUUGCAGCGUCAACCGACUGUUCUUGCAGCGCAGACCAGACCGCUGCCCACUGCAGAUAGCAUUCUUGUAGUCGAACCAUCACCUCCACCACCCUUGCACCACCACCGCCGCCAUGCUCACCUUCAAAAAGGCCCUCGUGCUCUCGCUGGCCUGCCUCACCCUCUUCUUCAUGUUCAAGUCGCACCACACCACCAACCGCUCGCCCACCUUCAAGAACGCCCACGACCUGCCCAAGCCCAGCCCGUGGGUGAACCCUAAGGAGGCCGCCGCAAAGGCCGCCGCCGCCGCCAAAACCGCCUCCGCAAAGUCCGACCAGGUCUUCCACAGCCCCGACGUCGCGCCCAAGAAGCCCAAGGAGCAGGUCAGCCUCGACGAGCUGCACGCCCGCCCGCUCAAGCAGCAGCUCGAGUACCAGUUCCCCUACGACGUCGACGCCAAGUUCCCCGCCUACAUCUGGCAGACGUGGAAGUACACCCCCGCCCAGGGCGAGUUCAGCGAGUCGUUCCGCGAGGCCGAGGCCAGCUGGUCCAUCCACCACCCCAACUUCGUGCACGAGGUCAUCACCGACAACGUCGCCGUGCACCUGAUCCGCCACCUGUACGCCUCUGUGCCCGAGGUCCUCGAGGCCUACAACGCCCUGCCGCUGCCGGUCCUCAAGGCCGACUUCUUCCGCUACCUGAUCCUGCUCGCCCGCGGCGGUAUCUACUCGGACAUCGACACCUCGGCCCUGAAGAGCGCCGCCGACUGGAUCCCUGCCGAUGUGCCCUCCACCAGCUACGGCAUGGUCAUUGGCAUCGAGGCCGACCCCGACCGUCCGGAUUGGGCCCAGUGGUACUCGCGCCGCAUCCAGUUCUGCCAGUGGACCAUGCAGGCCAAGCCCGGCCACCCAAUUUUGGUCGACGUCGUCGCAAACAUCACCCACGAGACGCUCCAACGCAAGGCUGAGGGUAAGCUCACCAAGGACCCCAAGGGCAUCAUCGAAUUCACCGGCCCGGCGCGCUGGACCGACGCCAUCUUCGGCUUCUUCAACGACCCCGACUACUUCGACAUGAGCACCAGCAAGGGCAACAUCACCUGGGAGCACUUCACCGGCAUGAAGGCCCCCAAGAAGAUCGGCGAUGUCAUCGUGCUACCCAUCACCAGUUUUAGCCCCGGCAUCAAGACCAUGGGCGCUGGCGAGGACGACGACCCGAUGGCCUUUGUGAAACACGCUUUCGAAGGUACCUGGAAACCCGAGAGUGAACGCCACAUUGGCGAAAUCUACAGCUAAGCGGACCACAACGCUUCGGCAAUCAAUGUGGACGCCGCCACACCGGAUGCAUUUCCUGUCGCAUACCCACAGGUACAGAGCCAGAACACCCCUUGCAGGCAAUGGCAACCUGUGGAUGCACGAGAAAGAACACAGGUGGGCGACAGCACGUCACAGCCCAGUCUGAAUCGGCGGGCAUGGGGGUGGACAUCAAAAGCCGCGGUUUUGGCAACAUGGGUCUAUUUUUACUGCACGCUCCGAACACCACUUCAAGCGCUGAAGUCUGAGUUCGAGACGGCCUUAUCUUCUUCGGCGUAUACGGCAUAACCAGGCGCGUCUGGCGUUUCCUGUGUGCGUUUACUUGCACAACCAUAGAUUAUGCGGAUUACAGCGAGCGGCGCAUAGCGAUCAAGACAUAGUAAUACU